AUUCGAGGACUCGUACCCCACCUCCUAAGCAGAGCAGCAGAGACACACUAGUCCCACACCAGCCUAUAGGGGAGUUUUUCAGAUCACUGAGAGCCAUGAAGCAUCUCUCGCUGGUGGUUUUGGGUUUGCUGCUGUCUCUUCAGCAGGCACGCAGCGGGAGAGAGGAUGCAUCGAACUGCAGGCCAUUCACAGCCACCUUUUGUCGAGAUUUGGGUUACACCACCACCCUCCAUCCCAGCGGAGUUCAAGGCUACAACCUGCAGCAAAUUGGUCCGAUUGUGGAGACGGCCUGCUCACCGGCCAUCGCCACAGUCCUGUGUCGUGUCGUGUUGCCUGAGUGCAACUCAGAGAAUGACAGCCGGAGGAAACCAUGCAAAGCUCUGUGUGAGAAGGUCAAGACGGAGUGUGAGUCUGUCCUCAGAGCAAAGAGGUUGUACUGGCCAACGAAGCUCCGAUGUGACAGUUUACCAGAAUCCAACUGUUUGCAGGAUCACAACAAACCUGCUACUGAAGCCCCCCCUGCAACAUGUCAGCCAAUCACAGCCUCUCUCUGCAGAGACAUGAUUUACACAGACACCAUCAUGCCCAAUAUUCUGGGUCACACUACGCAGGAGGACGCAGCUCUGGCAAUGAAUACGUUUUCUCCGCUCGUACAGGUGGGGUGCUCUACUCACCUGAAGCCUUUCUUGUGCUCCGUCUACAUUCCCAAGUGCCUGUUGGGAAAAGCUCAGCCUCCCUGCAGAACGCUCUGUGAGCAAGCACGAGCCGGCUGUGAGUCACUGUUGAUCAAAUAUGGUUUUCAGUGGCCGGACCAACUCAGAUGCGACGCGUUCACCACAGAGACUUGUGAACAUGCUGCAUUCGGCAGUUUUACGGAAACACCUUCAACAUGUCAGCCCAUCACCGUUCGUCUCUGCACAGAUCUGCCUUACACAGAAACUGCGCUGCCGGGCGUUCUCGGCCACAGAACCCAGGACGACGCGGGCCUGGAAGUGCAUCAGUUUUAUCCACUAGUAAAAGUACAAUGCUCCCCUCAUCUGAAGCCCUUCUUGUGCUCUGUCUACGUCCCCAAGUGUGAGGGCGGAAAACCUCGACCUCCCUGCAGAACGCUCUGUGAGCAAGCUCGGUCCGGCUGUGAAACACUGAUGAACAGGUUUGGCUUUCAAUGGCCAGAAUCCCUCAAAUGCGAUAAAUUUACUACGGAGUCCUGUGAACAAUACGGAGUGAGCAGCAGUGGAGGAAUCUGCGAGCCCAUCACCAUCCCGAUGUGCCAGGGCCUGUCCUACAACCAGACCAUCGUUCCCAAUCUUCUGGGACACACAAGUCAAAGAGAGGCGGUCACCAAGAUGUCCUUUUUCAACUCCAUUGCGCAAAGCGUGUGCUCGGUGGACAUACGCCUCUUCCUGUGCAGGGUUUACGCCCCCGAGUGCGUGGCUGGCCAAGUGCAGCGGCCCUGCAGGUCUUUCUGCGAGAAUGCCAAACGGGCCUGCGAGGGUUUGAUGAACAGUUUUGGCGUUUCCUGGCCAAAUGAGCUGCAGUGUCGCUCAUUCUCAGAGGAGUCGUGUGUGUCCGAACGGCAAAACCCUGAGAAUAUGAAUGCUGAAGACGUCCUUGCUAAACUCAAUGCUGCCGGUUUUUCUGUUCGUGGCAAAUCCUUAACUCUCAAGACUGCCCAGCUUCUGUUGACUCUCGUGGACGUGGAUAAGUCUGAAGACUUGACUGCGGUGGAGUUCUUCAAACUGGAGCACUACGUGGCUGCUGUCAGGAGGGAGUAUGUGGAGAGCUACGAGAGCAGGAACCCACCGGCUGUCACUGAGACCCAAAUGAAAAGGGCUCUGUCUGCCCAUGAAUUCCGUUUAGAUGACGAGACCUUCAAAGUUCUGUGGCAGGAAUAUGGCUCCCGAAACGGGAUCGACUACGACAAGUAUGUGGCCGUCCUGACGAAACUUCAGAUCCUCAGAGAACGGUUUCAGGCCCAUCUGCUGAAUGUGCCAUGUGACUGCCAAGUCGCCUCCUUCUCUCUCAAGCAGGUGAGUUUGAUCGAUUGA